AUGAAUCUCACCGUUAAGACUCUCAAGGGUCGUCAUUUUGAAAUUAGGGCUCAGCCCACCGACACGAUAAUGGCGGUGAAAAAGAAUAUUGAAGAUUCUCAAAGCAAAGACAACUAUCCAUGUGGGCAGCAAUUGCUGAUUCACAAUGGAAAGGUUUUGAAAGAUGAAACCACUUUGGCGGAGAACAAAGUCACUGAAGAGGGUUUUCUUGUGGUCAUGCUUAGCAAGAGCAAAGCUGCAAGUUCAGGUGGUUCGUCUUCUGCUCAGCCCACUUCCACCACUACGUCUACUACAUCUUCAACUACGCCUGCAGCUCUGCCAACAGUCCAGUCUAUAUCUGUGCCACCUUCAAUUACCACUCCUGCUCAAGAACAACCGGCGGCACAAAGUGACACCUAUGGCAUUGGUCAAGCUGCUUCAACUUUAGUUAGUGGUAGUAGUGUUGAGCAAAUGGUUCAACAAAUAAUGGAAAUGGGAGGAGGCAGCUGGGACAAAGAAAUAGUAACUCGUGCACUUCGUGCAGCGUAUAACAACCCUGAGAGAGCAGUUGAUUAUCUAUAUUCUGGAAUUCCUGAAACAGUAGCUAUGCCAGUAACUAACAUUUCGGGAGUAGGAUCUGGUGCAGACCUUGCCGCUCCUCCUUCCUCUGGAGGACCUAAUUCAUCUCCUUUAGAUAUGUUUCCCCAGGAAGCAGCGGCUGAUGCUGGAGCUGGAGAUCUUGGAACGCUUGAAUUCCUCAGAAGCAAUGAUCAGUUCCAACAAUUACGCACUAUGGUCAAUUCCAACCCCCAGAUUCUGCAGCCUAUGCUUCAAGAGCUCGGAAAGCAGAACCCUCAACUUCUGAGGCUAAUUCAAGAGAACCAAGCCGAGUUUCUUCAGUUACUCAAUGAGCCCUAUGAAGGAUCUGAUGGGGAUAUGGAUAUUUUCGAGCAACCCGAAGAAGAAAUGCCCCACGCAGUCAACGUUACCCCUGCAGAGCAAGAAGCAAUCCAACGGCUUGAGGCAAUGGGGUUUGAUAGAGCAUUAGUGAUAGAAGCCUUCCUUGCGUGUGACCGUAAUGAGGAAUUGGCUGCAAACUAUCUGCUAGAGAACUCAGCAGAUUUUGAAGACUAG